CCAAAAUCGAUUAUUACAAGAUUUCUCCAAUAAUUACCAAUUAUUCAAUAUGAAUCAAAUUAAGCUGAAAAACAUGAUACUUAUUCAUCAUGGCACAAUUAGUGAUUGUUCCUCAAACAUCUAACCUUGCAUCAAUUACAAUGUUUUCUAGUCAACCUAUCACUUCUUUUUCUCCGCAAAAUAUAUUUGGGUCAUCUGAAGCUGAAACCCAGUUAGAUAAAAAUUCUAGUCCAUCAUAUGAAGAAGCCAGUAAAAAAAAUAAUUCAUCCAAACUUAAUCAAUUUGCAACUCAAAAUGACCCUCUUUAUUUUUAUUCAGGAGAAAGCCUAUCACCUAGACACAAAUUAUUUAAUUUUGAUAAUACUACCACGGAUCACAAUUUUAUAUCAAAUAAUAAUUCUGAAGAUAGAGAGAAUGCCAAAAAUUCUAUAACUUUUGGUAGUGAGGAUAAGAAUGAUAAGCAAGUCAGUAAUGAUUGGAAUGCUCUUAAUUAUAACAAUUAUGUGCCAUUAAAUCAUAAACAUGAAUUCAAUGCUAAUAAUCCUGAUUCAAUAUGGAACAAUGAUCAAACAAUUUCCACUUCAAUCAGUGAUAAGUUUAGUUUCAAUGUGCCAAUGUCACCUACUAACACUUUAAACCUUUUUCAGCUUUUCAAUAAUGACCCCAAAAGUUUGGAUUUAUUUUUGAACACACAAAACAAGCAACAACAAAACUAUGAAAAUGAAUUAUCCCUUAAUCCAAACAAUGAUUUUAAUGAUAAAUCAUAUGAUAUAUUCAAUCCCCUUCCCACAUUUCCUCCUUACUCUUUCUCCAAAAAGCACCAUUCGCUUCCCACCCCAGAUCUCAACAUAAACGACUCUACACCAAGUUAUCCAAGAUCAGCAAAGUCAUUUGAUCACAGUUAUAACACAGGCAACCCAUCAAACCUAGGUCCCAAUGAUUUAGCAAACUUGGAAAGCAUCCGUAACUACUUUCUAAAUAACCCUAAUAGUCAGCUAGAUUUGGACCAGCAAAAUUCUUUCAAUCCUCAUUUCAAUUUUAGUGAAAAUUCUAAAUGGUCUCAAGGCAAUGAAGUCCCAUCUCCCCUCUUUAGUUCAAAUCAAUGGCCCACUAAUAAUUCAAACUAUCAUCAAAAUGAAGACUUAUCUAUAAAAUCCAUCUCUUCAAAAUCUGCCAGAAUUCCUUAUACCAUCCAAAAUAAUUAUAAAUCCUUAAAUAUUAAUCAGGCCUCAUCAUCUCUACCUUACCAUGUAAAUUUUCCAAAACAGCCCCAUCAUUAUAUGCAACAAAACCAACAUCAGCAAAAACCAACUUUCAAUAAUAACCAGGGCAGUAAUAACCUCCAACCCUCUACCUCUGUACCUUACUUUCAUGGCAAAUCUUCCUCGUUUGUAGGAACCAAACAUAACUUUUCACAUGGUCAUAUGACUGGUACACACCACUUGAAUCACCACCAAUUUUCAAAUAAAAACCCACUUAGAGCAAUAACAGGAAACACCUUGACCCAUCAUAACCAUCCUACCAAUUCCCUUCAUCAACAUCACCCUCAUCCUUCCCACAUUGGUGGGCCUCACCCUGGCAAAAGGGGCAGUCAUAACAUAUUUGGUUCCUACUCUUACCAAAGUGUUGACAAUUUUUUACCCACUCACCACAAACAACCCCCAGUCAGUACUAAUCCUAAUCUAAAUAACAUCAAUAGUGGAAUCAAUUUGGAUAAGAUGGCAGCUAUUUUGUUAGCCUCUCUUUGUUCUUCCAACAAUGACCCUGCUUGUGACACAGAAGAUACUUCUGUUAAUGCCUUGGGGAUUCUGCUACAAAAAUUUCCUGCUCUUAAAUUCAAGCUGGAUCAGUUGUUGCGGGGUACUGUUGGACCAGAAGGUUUAAAAUCUAGUCGGACUAUCAACCAAUCCUUGGAUUCUGGUGUUGAUUGCAAAAAGAUUGAUUAUGAUAUUGAACAGAUUUCACCAUUUGAAAAGGAUGGAAAACCCGUAAGCCCUCUCACCCUAGCCGCCGCUAGAAAAGAUAUAUUGGCGUCGACUUUGACAUCACCCUAUCAAAAUUUCGCUCAAAGAGAUAAAUUCUGUUUCUCGCCAUCAUCCGGUCAAGAUGACUCCGGUAUAGUCGUCGACAGGUCCGUUUCAACCGAAGAAGACGUUUCUCACUCGAAUAAACAAUCUGCCGAAAAAACGAACUCGAACGAAAACGAUUUCGAAACUCUCAUUCUGAGGGAACUCUUAAAUAAUCUGAACUUGAACUCCACGGCUUCAAAUACCUUUAAAGAUGAUGAUAUGUUUGACGCCAAAAAUCGGGGGGUAAAGGGCUCUAAUAUUGACGAAAUGAAUGACCCUAAUCUUAAAGUUGUUAGCAGCUAUUUUAACGGUGAUACGGGAGGGUGUGAUUAUUCCCAAGGGCACAGGAAGUCCUUAGUUUCCGAUAUAUUAAUAGCUUCCUCCAACUAUAAUCCGCAUGUCCCAGACGAACCCGUCGAUUUGCUCAACCUUCUACCUUCCCUUUCUUCAAUUCAACAUACGCAACAGAAAUCUACUGCUUUUCAUAGAGAAUACGCGACAAUACCUAUACAUUCACCGAACACUCUACCAAUAGGAUAUGAGUACCCCCAUUUGAAUUCCAAUAACACAGACGAUUACGGCGAUUUGCAAUCUCUUAACUUAAAUCAACUGUUGAUGACCGACCCCGAUAAGCUGGUAGCCUUGAUGUACCCUCACGCCACUCUUAACGGUUCUGCUAAUAAAAUAGCUACUGGUUUAAGCCCACAGGUUGAAUCUGGAUUGGAUGAUGGGAGUAAUGAAAAAUUCUCUAGGAAAGUGUUCGUCGGAGGACUGCCUCCCGAUAUAGACGAAGAAGAAAUAACCAACAGUUUUAGACAUUUCGGGUUUUUGUUAGUUGACUGGCCUCAUAAAGCCGAAAGCAAAUCUUUCUUUCCACCUAAAGGUUACGCUUUCCUCCUUUUUCAGGACGAAACAUCAGUCCAAAGCCUGGUCGAGGCGUGCUUCACGGAAAAUGGCAAGAAUUACUUGUAUGUCAGUAGCCCAACCAUCAAAGAUAAACCCGUUCAAAUUCGAGCCUGGAGUCUUAACGACGCAGAUUUUGUGCUGGAUUCUUCCCAGCCUCUAGACCCCAGGAAGACCAUAUUCGUUGGUGGGGUACCUAGACCAUUAAGAGCGCUCGAACUAGCCCUCAUAAUGGACCGUCUAUACGGUAACGUGUGUUACGCGGGUAUUGACACGGAUCCCGAAUUAAAAUACCCCAAAGGAGCGGGACGCGUAGCGUUUAGCACUAAACAAAGUUACGUCUCCGCCAUAAGUGCCCGCUUCGUUCAGUUGCAGCACGGAGAGAUUGAUAAAAGGGUUGAGGUAAAACCUUACGUCUUAGACGACCAAGGGUGCGACGAAUGUGGAGGAAUCCGCUGUGCCCAUAAAUACGCGCCCUUUUUCUGCGCCAACGUGGCCUGCCUCAAAUAUUAUUGCGAGGCGUGCUGGUCGGCUGUCCAUUCUAGACCCGGUAAGGAAUUUCACAAGCCACUAGUCAAGGAAGGUGGUGACCGGCCCCGUAUGCUGCCUUUUCGGUUGUGCUGAAAAUCGAAAAAACUAACCAUAUUGGGAGAUCCCGCCAACAUGUCAUAUAUACCUUAUCAAGAUAUCCUGUACAUAAAUUCAUAAAUAUUUAAGGGAACCAUUUUAAGCCCUGGGGGCAUAUUAUUCGUGAAAAGAUAACAUGGAAUAUUAUUUAUUUUAUGCGCCAUUUUAUUUAUAUAAAAUAUUCGUCAAAUAUAAACUAAGUCAUUAAAUGCAAAAUGUUUAAAAUUUUAUAAUCAUUUUUAAAUAUAAAGUAACACUUUAUACUUUUUUUGCAUAUUAUAAUAUCCGAUGUAUUUAUAAUUCUUAAGCUAUCCAUAAUACAGAAA